GCUGUGUGGGGAACUGGAACCGUUCAGAUGGCAGCCAAGCAGACAGAGCAGGUCACUGUCAUCAGCCUUCGGAAGCUGAGCCUGGCGGCCCCAGAGUCACAGCAGAAAGAGACAAGGACGUUCACGGUGGAAGAUGCGGUGGAGACCAUUGGUUUUGGACGCUUCCAUAUCGCCCUGUUUCUCAUCAUGGGUAGCACGGGGGUUGUUGAGGCCAUGGAGAUCAUGUUAAUAGCUGUUGUGUCUCCCGUCAUCCGCUGUGAGUGGCAACUGGAGAACUGGCAGGUGGCAUUAGUGACCACAAUGGUGUUUUUUGGCUAUAUGGUAUCCAGCAUCCUCUUUGGCCUCUUGGCGGACAGAUAUGGUCGCUGGAAGAUUUUGCUCAUCUCGUUCCUGUGGGGAGCCUACUUCUCCUUGCUGACCUCUUUCUCCCCCUCCUACAUCUGGUUUGUCUUUCUGAGGACCAUGGUGGGCUGUGGCGUGUCUGGCCAUGCACAAGGAUUAAUCAUAAAGACUGAAUUUUUGCCAACAAAGUACCGAGGCUACAUGCUGCCCUUGUCUCAGGUUUUCUGGCUUGCUGGCUCCUUGCUCAUCAUUGGCCUGGCCUCUGUGGUCAUCCCCACCAUUGGGUGGCGUUGGCUCAUCCGCAUCGCCUCCAUCCCUGGCAUCAUCCUCAUCAUGGCCUUCAAGUUUAUUCCUGAAUCUGCUCGGUUCAACGUCUCCACUGGGAACACGGAGGCCGCGCUGACCACCCUGGAGCGCAUCGCCAAGAUGAACCACUCCGCCAUGCCGGAGGGGAGGCUGGUGGAGCCCAUCCUGGAUAAAAGAGGCAGAUUUGCAGACCUAUUGGAUGCUAAAUAUCUACGGACCACAUUACAGACCUGGGUCAUAUGGCUGGGGAUUUCCUUUGCCUACUACGGGGUUAUCCUGGCCAGCGCCGAGCUGCUGGAGCGGGACCUGGUCUGUGGUUCAAAGUCAGAGUCGGAGGUGGUGGUGACCGGAGGGGACUCAGAGGAAAGUCAGAGCCCCUGCUACUGCCACCUGUUUGCUCCCUCUGACUAUCAGACGAUGAUCUUCAGCACCAUCGGGGAAAUCGCUUUGAACCCCUUGAACAUCCUAGGCAUCAACUUCCUGGGGAGACGGCUUAGCCUGUCAGUCACCAUGGGCUGCACCGCUUUGUUCUUCCUGCUCCUCAACAUCUGUACCUCAAGGGCCGGCCUCAUUGGGUUCCUCUUCAUGCUGAGGGCCCUGGUGGCAGCAAACUUCAACACCAUCUACAUUUACACUGCUGAGGUCUACCCCACCACGAUGCGCGCUCUGGGGAUGGGAACCAGUGGCUCCUUGUGCCGCAUUGGUGCCAUGGUGGCACCUUUUAUAUCCCAGGUUCUUAUGAGCGCUUCAUUCCUGGGAGCCCUGUGUCUUUUCUCAUCUGUCUGUGUUGUGUGUGCUAUUUCUGCAUUUACCCUCCCCAUUGAGACCAAAGGACGGGCAUUACAG